UCGCAUUAUGCGAGACACUCGGCCAGUAAGCAUCUAACUGAGGAAUCGCCUAACACAACCGGUGCACCGCCGAAAGUCAGUUCAGUGGUCACUGGACAACUGCGCCGGACACCGCCAGCAACAAGUAUACUCGACAAGUGGCCGACUUUUGACGCACCCUCUUUGAGUUUCGCUCCUGGGACUGUGGUGGCCAGCCAUAUCGACCCGACCAUCGUUUUCCGAUCCUCAUCUCUUCUCUCUUUUCUGAGUUUCUUUCGUUUAAUUUUCGUCGCUCGAGACAUCGGGACUGAUUCGUUGUACGUUUGUUCUCGCGACCGGACGACGCGGGAAAGUGUAUCGGAAGUGCAUCGCGACGGACGUUCCGUAUCGAUCCGCGACGAUCUCUGACUGAUCCUGCCUGCUUGUUGGAUCCUUGCCGCAGCGACGCGGACUGCGCUAUUGCAGAAUGCACCGAUCCGCGAUAGGUCGGAUACGAUCCGCGAUAACCGGACUCCUGCUGCUACUGGUCGCGUGGAAAUGCAAUGGACUGCAAUAUCAGUCGGUCGAGGCUUACGCGAACGGCGACGACUGCGCUCUGAUUCUGAACGGGCCAGGAAGGACGAACUCAUACGACUACAACUAUAAUGUACUUCGCUCCUUCCCGACGACCGGCGGAUCGCAGACGUGCAUCACUUAUGAUGCCAUUAAUCGCGCAUACCUUGAAGCAAGGAAACGUAUCAAUGUAGCGCAACCGAAAGCUAAAAUGUGGCGACCUGAAGACUUGGCUACGGUCGGUGAACUUCUUCUGGACAUUACCGCGAACCUUGUGAAAACGUACGGGCUAACCGUCGAAGAAAUCGAGAAAAGUCUGCCCCUGAUCGACACCUCGAAGACGCUGAUCCAGGACGUAUGCCCAGCUUUCCUGAGCGAGGUGGAGUGUCGACCAGGAAAGUAUCGACGAAAUGAUGCUCUCUGCACGAACCUGAGGAACCCAACCUGGGGUUCCACGCUGUCACCAUUCCAGAGACUGAUGCCUCCACGGUUCUCGGAUGGUUUAACAGCGCCGAGGAUAUCAACGACCGGCCGAGAUCUGCCAUUGUCGCGCAUCGUGUCCCGCACGAUGCAUCCGGACGAGGGUUAUCACGAUCACGCGGGCACGGUUAUGGUGAUCGCCUGGGGACAGUUCAUGGACCACGACUAUACGCUGACAGGAACGCCUCUAGAUCCCCUGAACCGAAACGACCCCGAGGAAUGUUGCCAUCGACCUCCGCACCUAAAGAAUCCUUACUGCAACGAGAUCUACAUACCGGAAGACGAUUACUUCUACAGGUUGUUCAACGUGAAAUGCAUGGAUUUCGUUCGCGCGUUUCCAGCCGUUCGACCCGGUUGCCGUCUCGGAUCUCGCGUGCCUUUUAAUCUUCUCACGGGAGUAUUGGACGGAAAUACUGUCUACGGAGUCACGGAAACGUUUGGCAGGAAACUUCGAACUGGAUAUGGCGGACUAUUACGUAUGAAUCCGGUCUUCUCCGAGUACGGUCUGAAAGAUCUACUGCCGUUGAAACUAGACAUCCCGGACGAGGGUUGCACGAGACCAAACCGAUCGAUGUACUGCUUCGAAGCAGGUGAGAUACGAGUGAAUGAACAGUUAGUGCUGACUUGUAUGCACACUUUAAUGGCGAGGGAGCACAACAGGAUUGCCAAGAGCCUGAACCAAAUUAAUCCGCAUUGGGACGACGAAACACUGUUCCAGGAAGCUAGGCGGAUUAUCAUCGCACAAAUACAGCACAUCACUUACAAUGAAUUCUUGCCUAUUCUGCUUGGAAAGGACGUAAUGCAGAAAUUUGGACUUAUACUCGAGAAAAAUGCAUACUGGGACGGCUACGAUGAAAGUGUGAAUCCAGCAGUGAUUGAUGCUUUCGCGUCCGCGGCGUUUAGGUUUGGCCACUCGUUGUUACCGACUGCGGUAGAAAGAUGGAGCAAAGCUCAUAAAUUCAUAGCAUCCAAGAGACUGUCAGAUUUAAUCAGAAGACCCUACGACUUGUAUCGAGCUGGCGUCUUCGACGAAUACAUUAUGGGAUUGAUGAACCAGGUUGCCCAAGCUAUGGAUGAUUCCAUCACGCAAGAAGUUACCAAUCAUUUAUUCAAAAAGGCUGGAGCUAAGUUUGGUCUAGACCUGGUUUCUUUUAAUAUGCAACGCGGUCGUGAAUUCGGAAUACCCAGUUACAUGGAAUUCAGAAAAUUCUGUGGCCUUCCCUGGGCAGACACCUUCGAGGAACUAUUCGGUUCAAUGCCGAACGAGACUAUCAGUCGCUACAGCUCCAUCUUCGAACAUCCCGCUGACGUCGAUCUGUGGUCCGGCGGUGUGUCCGAGAGGCCGCUUCCGGGUAGCAUGCUCGGACCAACCUUCGCCUGUAUAAUUGCCACGCAAUUCAGCUAUUCCCGUCGCGGCGACCGAUUUUGGUAUGAGCUGCCGAACCAGCCAUCGUCCUUCACUCUCGAACAACUGAACGAGAUUCGGAAAGUGAAGCUCGCCAGAGUGAUCUGCGACAACACCGAUCUGAUCGAUACCAUACAGAUCUACCCUAUGGUCUUGCCCGACCACGAAAUAAAUCCCCGAGUUCCGUGUCGAAGCGGCAUUCUACCUAGCAUGGACCUGACCAAAUGGGCCGAUUAUCCUACGUCGAGUCAAGCGCAAUAUCGAUUGGUGGAGGAGCACUUGCUUGACCCGCGAAGACGCCAGGCGAGGCCGAAGAAGGUGCGGAACAACUACAACAGAGAGGAGAUCUUGCGCCUCUUCUUUGAGAGUAUUAACGGCGUUGCCGCGUAUCUGGGAUUGAGAAAGUAAUCCCGCACCCACGAGCAGGUAUUCGGAGCAUCGAGUGCACGAGGGUGAAUACUCCAGAGAUUUGUCCCCCCCCACCCCAGUAGAUAGAAACGCAGCUUGAGAGCCCCAUGCUCGAACCAUACACACAAACAUACACACACGAACACCUUUUAUAUCCAUGGUUGAAUAAACAGCGCAACGUAUCCGUCUCUCUAUUUCAUUUCCGUCACCGUCGAAGCGCGAUGAAGGAUGCGCAUCGCUUCUCUCAACCGCGCAUCGCGCAGCAUGUGUUUCAACACUGACAAGGAACGUUGACAAUCCCCUUCUGAUUUUGAUGAAAAUUCCGCGGUGGAACAACGAAAAUAAGUGACGCGUAUAUGUACUUUUUAUCGAUGAAUAUGCGAGUCAGAUGAAAGCAUUCUUUUUAAGAUUGAUAUUUUUUAUGGCGUUCUGGAAAGUGUGUAAGGUAAAAAUGUAGUUUGAAUGGCGAGGCAAGUUGUUUCUUUUAUGGAUAAUAGUGUCAAGACGACAUUUUUUGGGGAAAGUUUGAAGAAUGUGGGAGGUAGAGAUGGAAUUUGAGAUAAGCGCGGUUCGUUGAUUUUUCGAGAAAUUGUUUUUGUUGUGUUGUUAUAUGAGAGGAGGUGUAGAAUUUGGUUGUUUAAGGUAUACUCCUAGCUUGAACAGUUUUUGAGAUCAGUUUGUAAGCGGUCAUUCGUGAAAAGUGAUUUUAUCCAUGAAAUUUGUGGUACUGGCAAUAAAAGAAGAUGCGUGUCCCUUAUUUUUGGAUAUUCUAUAGGCUUAGGAAGUUUUGUCGAGGUUAGAAAGGGAUGAUUGUAUAAUGUUUCUUGUGAUUAAGGUGGACAAGGUAGACUGUCUCCGUAAUUUAUGAUAAAACGUUUUAAUUAAAAAGAUAUAUAUUUUUUGAAAAGCAGUCAGUAUGAAAAAGUUGAUUUCUAAAAAUUAAUGAAAGUCUCGUUUACUUUUCUAUUAAGAGAAAGUGGUUUCUUACUUAUUUUGUCACAAGUUACGGAACAUCAGAUACACCGGAAAGAAAAAUAAUUAAUCGAACGAAAAGAAUUAAUUAACUUCUGUUUAAUUAAUUAAAUUCUGUUGGUAAUCCAUACGAAUUUACAGGAUAUAUCGUAAGUAAAAAUAAUCUAUUAAAUGAACAAUUAUCUCAGCCAAGUGUUAUAAAAGUAGCCACUCGAAUGCCUUGUCAAGUGAAACAAUUAAUAAUGUCAUUUAAGCAUCGUUUCGACUCAAUCUUUAUCAAAAGUUGAAGUCAAAUGUUGAAUUUUUAAACAGUGGAUCUUACAGUGUUAAGUUGAUCGACCGUUGAGCCAUAAAUUAUCCCUUUAUGAGCCGCGGAAAUCCCCAUACAGUAACAACUAUAAAAUAGUACUAAAUACAUGUAGUAAUUUAUGCAAUACAUUUACGUAUGUAACAUGGUGUGACUAUUUUCCCCGUACACUUAUCAAAACGGCACGCCACUUUGUCGUUGUUGUUAGACCACUUUCCUCCUUUUUCAGGUAAAUGUACCAAUAACUAACCAG